GGGCCGGGGCGGAGCGCGGCGGCACGGACCGAAAUUGCUCGGCUCGGCACGGCAGGACACGCUACGGCACUGCACGGCUCGGCACGGCACGGCUCAGUUCGGUACGGCACUGCAGAACUUGGGCCACGCUGCCAUGGGAGGCUGCAGCACGCGGGCAUGGCCGGAGCUGCUGGUGCUGCUGGUGCUGCCGGGCAGCGCGUGGCUGUGGGUGGGCAGUGCCCAGCCCACCCCCCCCAGCCCCACGCACCCCCCCGGGCCCCAGCUGAGGUUCCGCCUGGCCGGGUACCCCCGCAAGCACAACGAGGGCCGUGUGGAAGUCUUCUACAACGAGGAGUGGGGAACCAUCUGCGACGACGACUUCACGCUGGGCAACGCGCACGUGCUGUGCCGGCAGCUCGGCUUCGUGGCUGCCACCGGCUGGGCCCACAGCGCCAAGUACGGCAAAGGAGUCGGGCGGAUCUGGCUGGACAAUGUGAACUGUGCUGGAAACGAGAAGAGCAUCGGGGAUUGCAAACACCGGGGCUGGGGGAACAGCGACUGCAGCCACGAGGAGGAUGCAGGUGUGGUCUGCAAGGAUGAGCGCAUCCCAGGCUUCAAGGACUCCAAUGUCAUCGAGACCGAGCAGAGCCACCUGGAGGAGGUGCGGCUGCGGCCGGUGGUGUCCGGGGGGCGGCGGCAGCUGCCGGUGACAGAGGGCAUCGUGGAGGUACGCUACAAGGACAGCUGGGCACAGAUCUGUGACCAGGGCUGGGACAGCCACAACAGCCGCGUCGUCUGCGGCAUGAUGGGCUUCCCAGCAGAGAAGAAAGUCAACAGGAACUUCUACAGGCUGGCCUCCAAAUCUCAGCCUAAACAAAAGCGCAGGGAGGACGUAGGGCCCAAGAAGAGGCUCUUCACGGAGCGGCAGCAGCUCAACUACCGCCUGCACUCGGUGUCCUGCACGGGGACAGAGGUGCACCUGUCCAUGUGCUCCUUCGAGUUCUACCGGGGCAACUCCUCAGCAGCCUGUGGCUCCGGCAUGCCCGCCGUGGUCAGCUGCGUGCCCGGGCCCCUCUUUGCCACUGGCAGCGCCCACAAGAAGAAACAGCGCCAGCAGCAGCAGCAGCAGGGCCAGCCCCGGAUCCGGCUGAAGGGCGGUGCCAGGGUGGGCGAGGGCCGCGUUGAGGUGCUCAGGAGCAGCGAGUGGGGCACCAUCUGCGACGACCGCUGGAACCUGCAGUCGGCCAGCGUGGUGUGCCGCGAGCUGGGCUUCGGCAGCGCCAAGGAGGCCCUCACCGGGGCACGCAUGGGCCAAGGGACGGGCCCCAUCCACCUGAACGAGGUGCAGUGCCGGGGCACCGAGAAGUCCCUGUGGAACUGCCCCUUCAGGAACAUCACCCAGGAGGACUGCAAGCACACGGAGGACGCGGCCGUUCGCUGCAACAUCCCCUACAUGGGCUACGAGAACCUGAUUCGCCUGAGCGGGGGCCGGAGCCGCUUCGAGGGGCGGGUCGAGGUGGCGGUGGGGGCUGGCAACGGGGACCAGCCCCGCUGGGGUCUGGUGUGCGGCGAAGGCUGGGGUACCCUCGAGGCGAUGGUGGCCUGUCGCCAGCUGGGUCUGGGAUUCGCUAACCACGGCUUACAAAUCCGCCUGGCCGGCGGGAGGACAGAGUUUGAGGGCCGCGUGGAGGUGAAGCGAGGCAGUAAGUGGGGCACGGUCUGCAGCGAUGGCUGGACCACCAAGGAGGCCAUGGUGGCCUGUCGUCAGCUCGGCCUGGGCUACUCCCUGCAUGCUGUGACGGAGACGUGGUACUGGGAUGCCAGCAACGUGACAGAGAUGGUCAUGAGUGGGGUGAAGUGCGCUGGCCACGAGAUGUCCCUGAGCCACUGCCAGCACCACGGCACCAGUCUGAGCUGCAGGAACACGGGCACGCGCUUCGCUGCGGGCGUCAUCUGCUCCGAGACCGCCUCCGACCUCCUGCUGCACGCGCCGCUGGUGCAGGAGACAGCGUACAUCGAGGACAGGCCGCUGCACAUGCUGUACUGUGCUGCUGAGGAGAACUGCCUGGCCAGCUCAGCCCGCCUGGCCAACUGGCCCUACGGCCACCGCCGCCUGCUCCGCUUCUCCUCGCAGAUCCACAACCGCGGCCGCGCCGACUUCCGCCCCAAGGCUGGCCGCCACUCCUGGGUGUGGCACGAGUGCCACCGGCACUACCACAGCAUGGACAUCUUCACCCACUACGACAUCCUGACCCCCAAUGGCACCAAGGUGGCCGAGGGACACAAGGCUAGCUUCUGCCUGGAGGACACCGAGUGUGAGGAAGAUGUGGCCAAGAGGUACGAGUGUGCCAACUUUGGGGAGCAGGGCAUCACCGUGGGCUGCUGGGACCUGUACCGGCAUGACAUCGACUGCCAGUGGAUCGACAUCACCGACGUCAAGCCAGGCAACUACAUCCUGCAGGUCGUGAUCAACCCCAACUUCGAGGUGGCAGAAAGUGACUUCACCAACAAUGCCAUGAAAUGCAACUGCAAGUACGACGGCCACCGCAUCUGGGUGCACAGCUGCCACAUCGGAGAUGCACUCAGCGAGGAGGCCAACAAGCGAUUUGAGCAGUACCCAGGUCAGCUCAACAACCAGAUUUCAUAGGGCCCCGGCCCUGGGGAGACAGGCAUCUCCCUCCCUCACCUCAUACUGGUGGGAGGAAGCUGCUGGAAGACCGGCAGGGAGGCCUGAUGCCCAGCGCUGCUGCCACUGUGUCCUGCUGGGGACUGCCCAGGACUCACCACUGGCUGCCCUUGCCCACCUUGGUGGGGCUGGUGCUGGAGGCACCGACACCUGCACCUCCCAGCCUGGGGCUGCCACCCCAACCACUGGCCAGAAGAGUGUGCCCACAUCCCCUGGGCUGCGGCACACGGGUACAGUCCAGGAGGUCCUGCACCCCUCACCGCUCCAUCCCUCCCAUCCCAGCUGCACCCCAACUCCCACUGCCCCCUUCAGCCCUGGUUCCUCUCACCCACAGCUCACCCCCCCAGCUGGCCCCAGGGCCCACCACCCACACAGGGCCCCAGGAGCCCCUGGUCCCCCGGGAUGGUGCAGGUGUCUCUGCCCACAGCACUGCCCAGGGGUGGCUCCUACCCCAUCUCUCAGUUGUAAUUUUAUUUCCUCUAUAAAGUUGUAAGUUCUGUUU